GCAGAGGUCGCCGAGAUGCAAAUCCAAAAUGCAUCUUCCUUUAAACGCAGCGGCUGCGUAACAUUCAGAAAGGAGAAACCUCCCCCAAACCAAAAACAAAAAACAAAACAGAGAUCUGAGAAGAAAUCUUGGGCAGCUGCUACGCCGGCAUUUGCCACUCCCGACCUACCAUGGUGUGAGCGAAGGGAGCAAGAGCAGAGGGAGCAAGAGUGGCUGCACCAGCGCGGGGGCUGUGACGGCCGGGGUGCCUCCGACGGUGCUGCUGCCGCUGCUAAGGCGCGCUGUGCUCUGUGCCGCCGCCGCCGCCGCCUGCGCCGCCGCCUAACUACCAGUAACCGCGCCGCGUUCACGAGACUCGCAACAGCACUGCCGGAGCGCGAGCCUGCUCCCCGGAAUAUAUACGGAGCGCCGUAUCCCUCCGCCGUGGCGGAGUCGCCUCGCGCAGAAUGGAGCUGCGACGGCCGGGCCUUGCCCGCGUGGCCCCGCCUCCCGGUCCGCCCGGCCUCCUGCCGCUCCCUGCGCGCCUGUCGCAGCGACCCUGCGCGGCGUCGGCGACUGGGAGAAUUCUAGGCUGGGUGCGCAGUCUCGGGGCAAGUGUGGCGGGGAGUUCUCAGGAGACGCCCAUCCCGAGCCGGGGCGAAGACAGAGCGCCUGCCUAGUCCAACCUUGGGGCGACCCAGAGCUUUGGAACCGUUCGCCCUGCUACCCACCCCAGCCUCACCCCACCUGGGUGAUUCUCCCACCUCAACGUUUCCAACCGCUCCACUGGGGUUGCCGGCUCCCGCGUGCCCCUCGUUUUUGAGUCUGCAGCAGCCACUUCCAGUUUGGGGUGCUGCGGGAAGUCCUGGGACUAGGGGGUCCGCGGGGAGGUGGAGGCACAGGAAUCGGCCGCACUCCUUCAGUGGCAGAGGAGGGGGUCUGCAGAGGACGAGGUAGUUGUCCUCCUGGACGAAAUUGGUCCCGUGUUCUUCGGAUUUUGGAGCAAUAUCCGAGCCAAAUUAUAACCUCACUCUGUUGCCCAGACUGGAGUACAAUGGCGUGAUCUUGGCUCACAGCAACCUUCGCCUCGUGGGUUCAAGCAAUUCUCCUGCCUCAGCCUCCUGAGUAGCUGGGAUUACAGGUAUAGGCGCCUGCCACCAUGCCCCACUAAUUUUUGUAUUUUUAGUUGAGGCGGGGUUUUGCCAUGUUGGCCAGGCUGGUCUCGAACUGACUUCAAGUGAUCCACCUGCUGCAGCCUCCAAAGUGCUGGGAUUACAGGUGUGAGCCGCUGCACCCAGCCGGGGAAAUACUUUUUAAAACGUGGUGUGCAUUGUGUAAGUACAGGGAGAAUAAUGGCCCAGAAAUGAAAUGUGUUUAAUUAUUAAGGAUCUACUUGUUUCUGUUAGUCUUCCAAUCCUUGUAAUUAUUUUGGUCUUGGUUAAGUUGCUACAAUCUAUGGUUUUGAAAGCCAAGCAUUCUGUAAAAUAAUGUUUUUCCUCUGUCAUUAACCUUAUUUCACCCAAAUAUAACAUGUUGAAACUUUUUUAUGACUUUACUUGCUAAAAACUGUACAUUUCAGAAUCCUUUUACUUACUAUAAUAAAAUUCAUUUUUCUGAGUCUU